AUGGAUGUUCGCAGCAUCCAAACCAUAAUCCGCGAUUCAUCAUCGUCAAAAUAUCAUGUUAACUACGAUGGCAAAACAAUAGAGACCACGGUGACGAACAAAGCUGCCAUCAUAAAGGCAUGGGUGGAUGAUAUCGUCAUCAUCUAUGCACGCAACCCAAAGAUGGUGGUAGGGUUGGACGUUGAAUGGAGGCCUCACCAUAACCCGUCAAUGAGCAACAAAUCUGCUACUCUUCAACUAUGCAUCGAUAAAAAGUGCCUAAUCAUCCAACUCUUCUACGUUGAUGAGAUUCCAAUGUCCCUGAAGUGGUUCCUUCUGAACCCUAGGUUUACUUUUGUGGGAGUUGAGGUAGAUGAGGAUAUUUUAAAGCUUAAGAAUGAGUAUGGAUUGGAUUGUUCUAGAAGUGCAGAUGUUCGAUCUGAGACAAUAAAGAGGUGGCCUUACAUGUAUAGUAGGAAGCCAGGUUUGAAGCAUAUUGCAAGGGACGUAGCAGGACUCUACAUGGAGAAGCCAUUGCAUGUGUGCAGGAGCGAGUGGGAUGCAAGGGUUCUUGAUGAAAAGCAAGUGGAGUAUGCAUGUAUUGACGCGUAUGCGUCAUACAAGAUUGCUUACAAGCUUUUCCUUGAAGAUUAA